CGGCUGCUGCUGUCCAGACCGGGAGCUAGUAGCGUGCAGCACAGCGCCGUCCAAAAGCAGAAACGACACCACGAGACGGACUGCAACAUCUGCUGCUGAAAUACCUUUUUUUUUUUACCACAGUCAUUCACUGGAUAUAAGAGUCACUACAGUCUCUGGAGCAACAAUGCCUCCCCCAAUGCGCCACCGCUCCAUGCGAGUCUUCAUGAAUGAUGACCGCCAUGUUAUGGCCAAACACUCCGCUAUCUACCCAACUCAGGAGGAGCUGGAGAGCGUACAGAACAUGGUGUCCCACACAGAGCGGGCCCUCAAGGCCGUCUCUGACUGGCUAGAUAAGCAAGAGAAAGGAUGUACUAAGUCUGACUCAGACAGCACAGACACUGAUAAAGAGAGCGAGCACAAAGAACAGGCCACCCGUUCUCUGCGUGGCGUAAUGAGGGUGGGCCUGGUUGCCAAGGGCCUGCUACUAAAGGGGGACCUGGACCUGGAGCUGGUGCUCCUCUGUAAGGACAAGCCUACCAUCAGUCUGCUGAAGAAAGUGUCUGAAAACCUUGUUACGCAGCUCAAGCCUGUCAUGGAAGACAAGUAUGUGGUUACCCAGAAUAUCCGUGAUGCCAGUAUUGUAAUCAAGAACACCAAGGAGCCCCCUCUCACCCUCACCAUCCACCUGACUUCCCCUUUGGUUCGUGAGGAGAUGGAGAGGGCCACUACUGGAGAAACGCUUUCAGUCAACGAUCCCCCGGAUGUUCUGGACAGGCAGAAAUGCCUAACUGCCUUGGCGUCUCUCCGCCACGCUAAGUGGUUCCAGGCUAGAGCCAAUGGGCUGCGCUCCUGCGUCAUCGUCAUCCGUAUCCUAAGGGACCUGUGCGCCCGUGUCCCCACGUGGUCUCCGCUUCGUGGCUGGCCACUGGAGCUGAUCUGUGAGAAAGCCAUCGGCACAGGAAACCGGCCCAUGGGGGCAGGAGAAGCUCUGCGCAGAGUUUUAGAGUGUCUGGCUUCAGGAAUCCUGAUGGCAGGUACGGAUGCAUAUGCUGCUGGAAUCUCUGAUCCAUGUGAGAAGGAGUCCACAGAUGCUAUUGGUCACUUGGACCAACAGCAGAGGGAAGAUAUCACAGCCAGUGCACAACAUGCCUUAAGGCUGUCAGCUUUCGGACAGCUUCACAAAGUGCUCGGUAUGGACCCUCUUCCCUCUAAGAUGCCCAAGAAACCUCGCAGUGAGACUCCAAUUGAUUACACAGUACAAAUCCCACCCAGUACAGCAUAUGCUCCACCAAUGAAAAGGCCCAUCGAGGAGGAGGAGGGAAUCGAUGACAAGAGUCCCAAUAAGAAGAAGAAAAAGCUGCAAAAGAAAUCUCCAGAAGAGAAGGCUGAGCCUCCCCAGUCUAUGAACGCCUUGAUGAGGCUCAAUCAGCUGAAGCCUGGUCUUCAGUACAAGUUGAUAUCCCAGACUGGCCCAGUUCAUGUUCCCGUCUUCACUAUGGCUGUAGAAGUGGAUGGAAAAACAUUUGAGGCUUCUGGUCCAUCUAAACGCACUGCCAAGCUACAUGUAGCUGUAAAGGUCCUCCAGGACAUGGGUCUGCCCACAGGAGUGGAACUAAAGACUGCUGAACCGGUAAAAUCGGAGGAAGCAGUCGCAGCUACCACUGUGGAAGAAUUGAGGCCAGCAGUAACACCCAUCGAAAUGACUGCUGCCACCACAGGAACAGCCAAUGCAGACAGUACUGAUGCUGCAGAGGCUGCUCGCCAGCAGGGACCAAUCCUCACGAAACACGGCAAAAACCCCGUGAUGGAGCUGAACGAGAAGCGCCGUGGCCUGAAGUACGAACUCAUCUCUGAGACCGGCGGCAGCCACGACAAGCGCUUCGUCAUGGAGGUGGAGAUUGAUGGGCAGAAGUUCCAGGGGACUGGAUCCAACAAGAAAGUGGCCAAGGCUUACGCUGCCCUGGCUGCUUUGGAGCGACUCUUCCCUGAGGGCUCCGUGGCUGAGGCUGCUAAGAAAAAAAAGGGACCACCCAUGCACACCCCAGGCUUCGGCAUGAUGGGAGCCUCUGGAGUCGGAGACGCAGCUACACCCAGGGGUAGAGGGAGAGGAGGGCGAGGUCGUGGAAGGGGCAGAGGCUUCAAUAAUGGUGGAGGCUAUGGCCAAGGAGGUGGCUUUGGAACAUAUGGUUACGGGAACAGCGCUAACUCCGGAUACAAUUACUACAACAAUGGUGGCACAAACGGAGGAGCCGGGGCAUCAAGCAGCCCAUCAGGUGGCCCUCCGGUCAGCACAUCACCAGGAUCAGCACAGGGUUCCUACGGCACAUACUACCAGAAUGACGGAACGUACACUGCCACGUCUGCUGCAAAACCCCACAAAAAGAAACCCCCCAUGCACAAAGGAACCAAGUCACCUUUUCCAGGUCCUCCAGGUGUAAGCGGUGCAUCCGCAGGAGGCUACCAGCCCAGCAGCCCCUCAGGGCAGGGCCCUUAUAACCAGUAUGGCCAGGGCUAUGGGCUGGGAAAGAAGAGUUUCCACCAGAACCAGGGGGGCGCCGGUGGAUACUCGUACAGCACCGCCUACCCGAGCCAGGUGACGGGGGGUGCUGGGGGUAGCCAAGACUACAGUUAUGAAGGUUUCAACAACCAGUCCAAUUACAACUCCCAGGGAGCAGGAGGGGACAACCAGGGCUUUGGCACCAACCACUCUCAGUACCACAACCCAGUGGGCUACGGCAGGGGGGAUGGCAAUUACCAGUACAGAUAGACUGUAAUCCCUCCCGUCUGUGAAUCAUCGGCACCAAGCACCCCGCCCCUCCGCCCCCAUCGUCAGUGACUCAAGCCUUCUCCAAAGAAAGCGAUAGACGGCUCGCCUGUGCUCUCUUGUCUUUCUCCAUGUUUGCUGUUUUAUGUGCUUUUUUUUUUUUUUUGGUUUCUGUGUAGCACAUGUCGGCAAAAAAAAAAAAAAAAAAGAUGUCAGAGCUGAGUCAGCGGCUGAAAUUUAGUGGUUUGUUCAAGUGGUCUGGUCAGUGCUCGGUCUUGUGUUUUUAGGUUUUUCUCGUUUUUUAAAUUUUUAAGAAACGUUUUUUGAAUCUACGCUACCAGUCCUCAUCACUGAAUGUGAAGUCUGAUGCUACAGAUUACUCACUCUGACUUGGUUUCCUUCUUUAUAGAGAGUCGUGUGGCCACAGCAGGUUGUUGGGUUUUUUUUUCCCUCCCUCAUGUGUAACUAGUCAAAUGUUGUAGUUUAAAACUACAAAGGCUGUUGUAUUUUUGUAACAUUUCAAUAUACUCUAUUAGCUCGUUCUUUUCAUCAUUGCGUGUAACUUUGGCUUCUUUUGUAAUUUACCUAAUGUGAGUUAUUUUAAUAAAAUCUUUUUGGAGGUUACUGGAAAACACACAAUGUGAUGUUGAAAUCCACGUUUCAGCUCAAUGUAAUUUUUUGAUUGGGUAAGAUGUGUUUCUGUUCAUGUAUAAAUAACUGUGUGUUUGUAUUAAUACAUUUUUAGUUUGAAAAGAGGUCUUUAAUUCUUUAUACUCCAAAUAUCAAAGUAGAUAUAAAGUGGAUUUU